UGGGAGCCGGCGGGACGGGGGGGGGGGGGGAAGAUGGCCACCUUGUUCAGGCUGCAAGGGAGGUUGCCUGGCUUCAAGGAGGAGUUUUUCCAGAGGAACAGACGUGUAAAUGAAUAUCGAAAAAUGGAAUAUUAUGCUGCUGUAAAGAUUCAGAGUUGGUUUCGGGGAUGCAAAGUCCGGGCAUACAUCAGGUAUCUGAAUAAAAUGAUGCUUUUUAUCCAGAAAUGGUGGCGGGGUUAUCAAGGAAGAAUACAGUUCCGAAAAAUGAUAGAGACAGCAUAUUUUAUUAUGAAGAUGAAUUUCUACAAUGAAAUGGCUGUCAGGAUUCAAAAAAGAUGGCGAGGCUAUUACAUUCGAAAAUACAUCCAUAAUUAUUAUGCACUGAAGAAGUACCUGGAAGCCAUUUCUUUGAAUAAUGAGAUGGUCAGGAGAGGACUGGAAGAGUUUGCCGUGAUGAAGGAGAAAGAAGAGGAGAAACAAGCACUUGAAAGGGAAGAGAAGAAAAAGGAUUACCAAGCCCGAAAGAUGCAUUACCUCCUUAGCACUCAGCAGAUUGCAGGUGUUUAUAACUCACCAUAUCUGAAAGCACCUGAUCCAAUGGAAUUACAGUUAAGGAAAGCUAAACCGCUGAGCCAUAAAGCACAACCAAGAGAGAAGGGUGUUGCAGACCCCUACCGGCUACCUUGUACAGAUUCUUUCACUCAAACCGUUCCACUACUUCCUCCUAUUGGAUGGCAAAAACCUCAGGGUCCCUUUCGCGAUACCGCUGAGGUAUUACAGCAGCGCCUGAAGCCUUUUGAGCCAAGCAUGCGGGUAACAGCCUCUAACGCUUCACUAGAGGAAGCCAGGGAAAAGGUGAAACAAGAGGAAUGGAGAAACCGUGUGCACGACGAAGAAUUUUUACCAUUUGCAUUGUGCCACAAACCAUAUAAGUAUACCCCAUCAAUGCAAACAUCAAGUAAAUAUGGCAAAGAAAAUUAUGGACUGAAAUACUUCCGGGAACAACACAGAGAGAAAUGGAUAACAAACAAGGACUUCAUAACUGCAUUACCACCGAUUCAUCUGUUCGAAAAGUAUGGCAAAACCUAUUCCAGAGCUGGAGAAAUAGUAUAA